GGGGUUUAUUUUCGUAUGAUAAAGAGAAGACUUUUGGAUUAAAUAGAGGGAUAUAAAUCGUCUGUCUAUUUGGCUUCAAAAGAUACCUUAGAUACCGAGUUUUCUAUUACCAAUUCCAAAAAGCAACAAUCGCGACCAUGGAGUCAGCCUCCACCAUCGAAGAUUUCUCUCCAAGCGGUAUGAAACUCCUAGCCCAACUCCUCUCCCUGCCCCCCGGAAACCGUCCAAGCCCAGGCUGGUCACAAGAACAACAAGCCCACCGCAUCGCUUUCCCAUUUACACUCAGAAGUCCAUUAUCACUCCUCUCACGCCGCACCAUCUCUCACCCCUUCACCCCCAAGGACUCGGACCCAAACCUCUGCUAUACGCACGCCCUUCUCCGCCCUCCCCUGAUCCGCAGAAUCUCCCUCCUGAUCUCCGCCGAAUGCACUACGCGCCUAACGCGACUCAUCGAGAAUCCGCGCCUUCCCAAGAACAUCGCCGAGUUCACCAGCCGGCUCUCUCAAACGCACCACCAGCUCUGGCUCUCUCCCGCGCGCGCGGGCCAAGGAGGGAGAUGCGAGGCUUGCAUCCUGGCCCGGUUGGGAGAGGACCCGCGCGUGCUGUCCGACCUCCGAGCUUCGAUCAUAGGGCGGAAGAAGAAGCGCCGCCCGCUGGGCGAAUUGCUACCGUUGGUCGAGGCGUGGAUCGAGAGGACGGGACGGGAAGGGUCGAUUCGGGUCCAGAGUGAUGCGCUGGGGCGCGAGAUCCGUAGGUGUAGACGGGAGAUGCAGAGGAAGAGGAGGGAGAGAAGGAGGAUUGGCGCUGAGAGCCCGAAGGGAGGAGAGGCUGGGAGUGCGACGACGACGCUGGUGGAUGGAGAUGGAGAUGGAGAUGUGCCUUUUGUUGGAGGUUGGGAUGGAAGGGAGCGGGACGAACAUGAUUUCGAGGGCUCGAUUAUUGAUUUUUAUGCGAAGAUGAGAUCGAAUGUUGACUUUAGUGCCCAGGAAGCGUCUAGGGAUGUAACUGUGGCUCCUGGUGCAGGGAUAUCUCGUGGACCUGUUUGCGAGUCUCUGGGACCCCGGUGUCACACUGUGUACUCGGAGAGCAAUUAUAGCAGCUCGUCCAACCAGUCCUCGACAUUGGAGCCGGAAGGGAGAACAUGCAGCGAACGUGCCCAAGCAUAUAGGAAAUUGUUAGGGAUGGAUGACGGGGACGGGGCAAAGCGUGAAAGCAGAGCCCGACGGCGUGAGAAAAUACCAGAAGACAGAAUGACGAGAUGGAGUGAUUUUGAGGGAAAAUAAGAAUUUUGAGGCUUGUCUAGGACCGUCUUGCCGGUAUCGUCUAAGUAAGUAAGUAGUAA